AUGCCAUCUUAUCAAGGCAUCCGCGUAUCGCUUCAAUCCCAAUACGAUGCUCUCGUGUUGCCCGAAUACUCGCCACCAACUAGCGCUGCAUCUCACCAGAGCAGCGAACAGACCGCCAAAGCCGUCGCCGACUCGAAUCAUGUCGCGGAAGUUUACGUUCCAAUGUAUGCCGGAUCUCAAUUCUGGAUCCUGUACAGUUGCCCUCGACCAGAUGUCACGUCGCCUCCCAAAGACAAAGACACGACCAGAUUCUACUACUUCAAACUGGUGAUCAAUGGCAAGGUCGUGCUGAGCUGGGGAUGUGGCGCGGAGAAUGACUUCAGUGGAAGAGUGACUUUCGGCCUUUAUGAAAGUGAGGUCGCAGGUUUCGGGGGCGUCACUGUGGAAAAGAGAGGGUUCUUCUUUCCUGCUGGCAAAGAUGUUGAUAGGAAAGGCAUGCUUGCGGACUCGUUCGAAAUUCGUGUCUAUCGAGCAAAGGGGAGGAGGAGAGUGGAAUCUAGCUAUGAACUGUGCACCACCACCGACAGCAAGAGCGUCUACUUUCGACCUUCAGGUCCAGUCAAGAGAUGCGACCCGAAGCGCUUCUAUACCUACGCGCUCAUUGACCCGGUAGAUACGCCAUAUGCGACCUUCUCUUACAAUUUCCGAACUGGCGGCCAGUUGAAAGCGAUUCGGAAUGGAGGCCUCGAAACUCCUGAAAAGGCUACGGAUAAGGGAAGCAAUAUCGACAUCUUGACAGCCAGUCCUUCCAGGCGCUCUAUGAAUUUGAGUAGCCCACUAUCCCACAGCAUGCUUUCGCCACCACCGAAGGAAAAGCCAGCACCUCCACCGAAAGAUUUUACUGCAAAGGACUCGAUUGCGCUUCGCAGACUCUCACAGCUGCACCAGGGAUCGCCAGUCAAGAAGAGCCAAAUUCAAAAGCCAGCAGCCACAUUUGAUGCUAUGGAAGGCCUGAGUCUCACCCGUGGUGCAUUUCAUUCUCAGAGAACUCCAGCGACAUCUGCGAGGAAGCUCCAAAAGAAAGAAUCCUCGAGACGGACUCCAAGCCUCUUCACGUUCGGCCUGAGCAAGAAGGGUCAAGGAAGUUCCGAGGAGCAUCUAUCAGCUACAACGUAUCAUGCAAAGUGA